GAAAACUUUUCAAGGCAGCAAUAAAUUAAUCCCCUCCAGCUUCCAGAGCACCAUCAAGGAAUUUUAAAAACAUUGGACUUCCAGCAGCUAAAUACUUCUGAGGAUUCAGAAGGCCACAAAGCUAGAUACACAAGCAUUCUUUUUCCCUUCAGAAGAUUCUUCAGGUUUCCAGUUUAAGCUGUGAAGUGCAAACAACAAUCCAGCAUUCAGUGCAGAUCACGCACUGCGGGAAGAGGAGAUGUGUUUUCUGACCAAGCAUCCAGCUCUUGGGGUGGUAUGUUCUGCUUUCAUAUUCAGCGUGCUCAUUGCUGAAGGACAGCCUGGGGAAGAGCAUGGGCAGGAUGGCAGCAAUCCUCCCAGCAGAGGCUCUCUGGUGGAAGUUUUACGCAUUCUCUCAGCUGAAAACACUGAGCUCCACAUGAACCACUCACGAGAACUGGUCAAAAUGUUACUGGAGAGAGCUGAGUGCCCACAGCGGAUUAAUGGCAUGCAAGAGGAUUGUAAUCUGUGCCUUGAACCAGAUGCUUUGUUACUAAUAGCUGGAGGAAAUUUAGAAGACCACCUCAGUGAAGAAGUAUUUGAGAGAAUUUCUCUUAUUCUUCUCUACUACAUUCUUCAUCGUAGAGAUAUGUGUUCUUCAGAAUUCAGCUUGAAUGAUAAGGAUUAUAAAUUUUACCUACAGAGUAUGCUUAGUUUAAGACAUGAUGAAGAUUGUUACUAUUUUUCACGGAAUGAAACUGAAGAUAUUUUAGCUGCAGUAAGGAAACAUUUUAAAACUUCAGAAAACCAGUGUGUUGAUGUGAGCACUCUGGAGAAAAAUGCUGAUAUAAUGGACAGAGAUGGUGCUGAUGAAAACACUCUUCCACGCCUGGCUGCUUUAAUCCUUACUCUGGCUCUCCAAGGAGUCUGUAUGGGGAAAGCAAGUUUGCCUUCCCCAGAAUUCUUUAUAAAAUAUAUUUUCAGUUCUCUAAAUAGUACCACUGAGCUCCAAGUGACAGAACUAGAACAACUACUAAAUGUGCUUACAGCCAAAAAGACCUGCACUGUAAAUGGACAAUUUCACAAUCACAAAAGAAGACGUUACAGUAUGGCAAUCAGAGAUAUUGGAAGAAGAAAUACUCCAGUCAAAGGAAACCAUACAAAAAGAGAUUAUCUGAAAGGCUAUUUUGAAGAUCGUGAAAGGAGCACAGAUUGGGACCAGGUUUGUUUCUCUGCCAAUGAACUUGUGAAGAUAUUUUUGAAGAACAGUUCUUCCUCCAUUUCUAAGGACCACUUCAAGCAAAUCAGUCCAGCUAUCAUUCAACAACUUUUAAGUUGUUCCUGUCAGCUUCCUGACUUCAAACAGACAAAGCUUCCACCAACAACUGUGGAAAAAUAUGGUUACAGCACUGUUGCUGUUUUACUUAUCACUAUUGGAUCUAUGUUUGGUACAACUCUCAUUUUAUUUAACUCCUGUCAAGAAAUCUAUACACUCAUUUUACAGCUGUUUGUCGGUUUGGCUGUUGGAACCCUUUCUGGAGAUGCAUUGCUACAUCUUAUUCCUCAGACUCUUGGUUUGCAUAAACAUGAAGCACAAGACACAGAACAUUUCUAUGAGGGAAAAGAAUAUAUUUGGAAACUUUUGGGAAUAAUUGGAGGAAUUCAUGGAUUUUUUCUGAUAGAAAAGUGUUUUUUUCUUUUGGUAACACCUCGUGACCAGCAGGGCCUUUCUUUAGUUAAUGGGCACUGGGGACAUUCCCAUGAUCUUCCAGUGGAGUCUGAAUUAAAUGAACAUUCAGGCAGAGGCAAAUCUACUUCAACCAUACAGUUGAGAAGCCCAGAAGAUUCUGAACCUGCUGAAGUUCCUCCAGAGAGCAAGGUGAUCAGCAAAAAAAGUAAAAAAAUCAGCUUGUUAGCAAUAAUGGUUCUGGUGGGUGACAGUCUUCACAACUUUGCUGAUGGCUUGGUAAUAGGAGCAGCAUUCUCAUCCUCAACAGAAACAGGUGUGACAACGACUGUUGCUAUUUUAUGCCAUGAAAUUCCUCAUGAAAUGGGAGAUUUUGCUGUGCUGCUAAGUACAGGACUCCCCACGAAGAUUGCAAUUUUGAUGAAUUUUAUAAGUGCACUAACAGCAUUUUUAGGACUUUAUAUUGGCCUUUCUCUAUCGACUGACCCAUCCAUUCAAAACUGGAUCUUUACUAUUACAGCUGGAAUGUUCCUGUAUUUAUCUUUAGCCGAAAUGCUUCCCGAAAUGACUCAUAUUCAGACACGGCGACCCUGGUUGAUGUUUCUCCUACAGAACCUUGGAUUACUAUUAGGCUGGCUUUGCCUCUUUCUUUUGGCUGUAUUUGAACAGAAAAUUAAAAUAUAAGUUUUCUGUUGGAAAUCUCGAAGUACCACUUAUGACAGUGGAUAGCAUUAUUCAUAAUUUUGUCAUGUCUGCCAUAGUGAUAUGUAAAUUAAGUUGCUGGGAUUUUAUAUCUGAACAGUAGAUAACUAUUUUACUUUAUUAACUUAUUGUUCAGAUUUUUGUAAUUAUUUUUUGUAAAAAUGAAUGUUUAGAAUUAUGUUUUAUUUGUUACUGAGUUUACCAGAUCCCACGCUCAAACUCACAGGAGCUUUUAAUUAGUUUUUAUUGAGACUGUUCUAGUUGAAUGCUCUAAGUGAUCUCUGCCAGUCUGAUUGAAAAAAAGAAUAAAACACUUUUAUAUGCAAUAAUUAAAGUGGACUAACCAAAGUUGAAUAAUUUGAAUACAGAAUGUUUUUUGCCUUUUAGUACAAAGAAUUAUUUCUUUAAAUCUGAAAAGCAUAGCAAAGCUAAACUGCUAAAUGGCACAAAGCAAUCUCUUAAUGUCUGCACUUUCUGCUUUCUCAACAUAAAGAUUCUUAUCAGUUGCAUCUUACUGGUCCACUGUGGCAGGAAAAAAAGGACAGUGUUGAAGUUUAUGAUACAGAAAUUUGGGAAUUCUUUUCUGACUGAAAUACAGUUUUUCAUAUGUGUGAUGGAACCUGUGACAGUCAAGCACUGGACUAAACACCUUUUUGGUGGUUGCUUUUAGCAACUGCUUAUGAAGGAUUAUAAAAAAUAUGUUUAAAUUGCUUUUUCCUGAUAUCCCUUCCAGACUCCUCAAAUGAAGGGAUUUCUUGAGCCAAAUGUUGCUUCUGAGAUAUCACAUUCAAUAAACACUUGCCUUCCUGUCAGCAAUUAGCUUAAUCAUAGAUAUGUGAUGUGCAUUAUGGAAAGAGCUUUUUCAAUUGUUUAAAGUGCAUGUAGCCUCACUGCAACUCCUCCCAUUCUGAGUGAUUUUUUGUGCA